AUGGAUUUCUCCAGGUUCCUGUCGGAUGACUUUGAGGUGAAGAGCUGGGUGAACGCGGCCUUCCGGGCCGUGCAGCAGGAGGCCCCCGGGAAGGUGGACGCCCACGCCGCUACCCUGGUGAUGAAGUUGCAGCUCUUCAUCCAGGAGGUCAACAACGCCGUGGAAGAAACAAGCCACCAGGCUCUCCAGAACAUGCCCAGAGUCCUCCGGGAAGUGGAAGUCUUGAAACAGGAGGCAACGUUCCUGAAGGAGCAAAUGAUCCUUGUCAAAGAAGAUAUCAAGAAAUUUGAAGAAGACACAGCUCAGUCAAUGCAGGUCCUGGUAGAGAUUGACCGGGUGAAAUCUAGAAUGCAGUUGGCUGCCGAAUCACUUCAGGAAGCAGACAAAUGGAGCACGUUAAGUGCAGACAUUGAAGAGACUCUUAAAACACAGGAUGUGUCUGUGAUUUCGGCCAAACUAACAAGCAUGCAGAGCAGCCUGGCUAUGCUUGUGGAUACGCCGGAUUACUCCGAGAAGUGCGUGCAUCUUGAGGCUCUGAAGAACCGACUAGAGGCCAUGGCCAGCCCUCAGAUUGUCGCUGCUUUUAACUCCCAGUCUGUAGAUCAGGCAAAAACAUUUGUUAAAGUCUUCACCGAAAUUGAUCGGAUGCCCCAGCUUCUUGCUUAUUACUAUAAAUGUCACAAGGUGCAGCUGGUGGCAGUGUGGCAGGAUCUUUGCCAAAGUGACUUAAGCUUAAAUCGCCAGUUGACUGAGCUGUACGACACACUCCUUGGGACCUGGCACUCACAACUUCAGUGGGCAACACAGGUUUUCAAGAACCCCCAUGAAAUCGUCACUGUAUUGUUGAUUCAAACUCUGGGAGCGUUGGUGCCUUCCAUCCCUGUCUGCCUCAGCACUGCCAUGGAGAGAACGGGCCAAGAAACCAAGCUGAGUAAGCUGCUGGAGGUCUAUGAUGCCACCGUCCACUUCGGAAAAGGGCUGGAAGUAGCAAUGCUGCCAAACCUGAAGGAGCAGAACCUGGUAAAAGUGAUGGAACUGGUGGAAGUGGUGUAUGGUCCAUACAAGCCCUAUCAACUUGAGUAUGGAGAUCUGGAAGAAGAAAAUCUCCUCAUUCAGAUCAGUGCAGUGCCCUUGGAGCAUUGGGAAGUAAUUGACUGUGUCCAGGAACUGAACCAUUCAGUCAACAAACUCUUCAUUCUGGCUUCUGGAGCCAUCGACAACUGCAUCAAACUCACCGAUGGACUGGGAGUGUGUGGGCUCCUUAAGGCCCUGAAAGCUCUGUUCACAAAGUAUACAUCUGACUUUACAAAUACAUUGCAAUCUAUACGAAAGAAAUGUAAACUGGAUGAUGUCCUAUCAGAUUCCCUUUUCCAGGAGGACUGGACUGCAUUCCAAAACUCUGUCCGGAUAAUUACUACUUGUGGCGAGCUCCUUCGUCAGUGUGGAGACUUUGAGCAGCAACUGGCCAACAGGAUUUUAUCAACUGCUGGGAAGUAUCUCUCAGACUCCUACAGCCCUUGUAGUUUUUCUGGCUUUCAGGAUACCAGUUCUGCAGAAAAGAAGAGCUCCAUAAAGAAUCCCUGGCAGGAAUACAAUUAUCUUUUGAAGGAGAAUCCAUCUGAGUAUGCCAGCCUUAUGGAAACGCUUUACACUCUAAAGGAGAAAGGUACAAGUAACCACAACCUGUUGUCUUCAUCGCGAUCUGCCCUAAGCCGCCUCAACCAGCUGGCACACCACUUGGCUUUUGAUUCUGUUUUUCUUCGCAUCAAACAACAACUCUUACUUGUUUCAAAGAUGGAGAGUUGGAAUUCUGGUGGCAUUGGUGAGACCCUGACGGAUGACCUGCCAAACUUCAGCCUCACACCUCUGGAAUAUAUUAGCAAUAUUGGACAAUAUAUUAUGUCCCUUCCUCUCCACCUUGAGCCAUUUGUCACUCAAGAGGAUUCUGCUUUGGAACUGGCAUUACAUGCUGGAAAACUACCUUACCCCCCAGAACAAGGAGAUGAAUUACCUGAGCUGGACAACAUGGCUGACUACUGGCUGGGCUCCAUCGCCAGAGCUACGAUGCAAACUUACUGCGAAGUCAUCCUGCAAAUACCAGAGCUCACAGUGCAUUCAACAAAGCAGCUUGCCACGGACAUUGAUUACUUAAUAAACGUGAUGGACGCCCUCGGCCUUCAGCCAUCAAGAGCACUGCAAAACAUCGUAACUCUGUUGAAGGCAAAACCAGAGGACUACCGGCAAGCUGCAAAAAGCAUGCCCCGCAGAAUGGCCAGCAGCAUCGCAGCAAUGAGAGGCCUGGAGUGUUAGCUGUAACGUCCCUGCUGCUGGACGCUGUUCACGGGCUGAACUGUUUGGGUUGUUUUUAUUUCCCUAUAAACUUUGCAAGGACACUGGGGAUUAGGGGAAUUUAUUUCUGAAUAACUUUUAAUAAAUGCCUUUGUCUAGGAAAA